AUGUCCCUUUUUUUCAAAACACCCUUGGAAAUUGAAAUCAGAUUGGAGAACGAAGAGAGUCGAAAGCAUGCCGAGGUCAAGAACCCACAUGGACGACUUGACAAGCUACCUAUUUAUAUGGAUGGGGAAACUGUAAAGGGGACAAUCACAUUGUUUACAAAAGAAGGCAAAAGGGUGGAACAUCAAGGGGUUAAGGUACAGCUUUUGGGAACAAUAGAGACCAACAAUGAUGGAUUGUCUUCGUCCAAUUUUCUAUCACUAGCAACCGAAUUGGCUGCCCCUGGUCAAUUAGUACAUUCUGAAUCAUACCCUUUUGAGUUUAGAAACGUUGAAAAACAGUACGAAAGCUAUAGAGGGAAAAAUGCUCGCUUACGGUAUUAUGUCAAGGUCACAGUUUUACGAAAGUCAAAUGCUGAAAUCAAUAGGGAGAAGGAACUUUGGGUCUACCAGUACACCAGUACAUUGGCUCACGAGAAGGUAAAUAAACAUAAUACAGUACCUAGCUCAAUGCAAGCAGCACCAAAACAGAAGGAUAGCACAACCACCAAUGGUGUCAAAAUGGACGUUGGAAUAGAGGAUUGCUUACACAUUGAGUUUGAAUACUCAAAAUCUCGGUUUUCAUUAAGGGAUGUGAUUAUUGGAAGAAUUUAUUUUUUGCUAGUACGGCUAAAGAUAAAACACAUGGAAUUGUCCUUGAUUAGAAGGGAAACAGUGGGCUCAAGUCCAAAACAAAUAACUGAUAGCGAGACUGUUGUUCGGUUUGAGAUAAUGGAUGGUGCGCCAGUGAAAGGUGAAACAAUUCCGAUCCGGCUAUUUUUAAGCGGGUUUGACCUAACACCUACUUAUAAGGAUGUAAAUAAGAAGUUUUCUGUUAGAACCUACCUUUCCUUGGUUUUGAUAGACGAAGAUGCAAGGAGGUAUUUCAAGCAGAGUGAAAUAUUACUCUACCGUGAUGCUUGA